AUGCACAGAAAGACAAUUAUUCUUUAUACUGGAUACGCACAAGCUGAACGACAACGAGCGGUGGCGGGAUGGACAUGUGCGGGCGGCGUUCGAGGUGCGGGGCGAGUAAAACAAAACUAUGCGGGAAGCGUAAUACAUAUUGAAACUGAUUUAACAUUUAUGCAACUAUGCUUUGUUUGCAGGCUUAAAAACUUGGAACGAAACAUUAUGAAAAUCAACUACACCGAAGUCGAUGGACUGAAAUCAUUAUUUUUUAAUGUAGACUCUGAUGAGAUUCAAGCUAGCAGUGACAUUGUAUUUCUACCAACAUUAACUAAUACUAUUUUGUCUGAUUGUGAUUUCGAUAAAAGUCAAGCGUAUAUGUGCAUAGUGCCGGGUGUUGAAGGCCACUAUGAGCGGUUCCGUGUAUUGUGUGAGCGACUCAAACUCCACGCGCUCGUACUGCAGCCUGGUCUGAAUAAUCCUCGAGAAAGUAUGGAUGACUUAGCUAAUAGAUAUGUUCAGGUUCUUUUUAAGAAAACAGGUCUUCGUGACAAAUUCGUCCUAUUAGGCUAUGAAAGCGGUGUUUUAAUAGCAAUAAAAAUGGCAGAAAUUCUGGAAGCGCACGGUAUACUUGGAACCAUAUUUUGUAUCGGCGGAUCCCCAGAUGAUAUCAAGGCACAUUUUCAGCAUAAACUAAGCAUUUAUAAAACUGAAGUAGAUCUCCAAAAUGCAAUUUUACAGCACACAACAAGUCUUAUGAUGAAAAAAGCUGAUGAAAGAAUUAAUAAAAAUCUAGAAACUGCUGUGACAUGGGACAAAAAAGUAUUAGCUUGUGCGCGCAUAAUGAAGGAAACUAUUCAACACUCCAGUCAAUAUGCGAAACAAAUCAUAGAAUCUGCGUACGCAAAAGUGUACCAAGUACUUCAGUACGAGCCAGUGCCGGUCGUGCUUCGUUCAAAUAUAGUUUGCCUUCGUCCUACGACAUGUAGAGCAACAAAUUUACAGAAGUUUUCUGAACAACCAGUCGUCGAGUACAAUCUAAACACACCGCUCGAGUACAUGACGCAAGAUUUACGCUGCUCCGCUAUCAUCAACAGACACAUCGGCGAUGAUAUUCUACAACAAUUUAAUAAGAGGAACUUGUGCGAAAUGUAUGAAAGC